GGGGACAGAGAAGGAAAGGACAGACAGAUGACAGACAGAGGGGGCUGGACAGAAGGGGUCAGGUUUCUUGAAGCAAUUGGAGGUCCUGGAAGUCUGGUUCCCACCUUGACAGCCUCUUCCCAUAGGCAAUGCGCACCCAGGCGACGGAGGGCAGAGCAGGACCAAAAGCUGCCAAUCACUGCACCUGCCAUCUCUGUGAAGAGGCCCACUUCUAACAGCCCCUUUAUCUGCUGCCCUGGCUUCCAGCUGAACAGUCUCCUCUGAGGAAUCCCGAUGGGAGUUCAUCAUCUCCCCACCCCAUUUCCUUAGUGCUAAAGUGAAAGAGAAGUCGUUCAGUCAUGUCCUACUCUUCGCGACCCCAUGGACUGUAGCCUACCAGGCUCCUCCGCCCAUGGGAUUUUCCAGACUGGGCUGACUCCCAUCAUGCAAGGCAGGAUCAGCCUCCACACUCUCUGCCACUUCCUUCUCCCUUGGGCCUUCACCACCUUCCACAGAGCCCUGGGGAGCCAAGCACCCCACCCUGGCCCCCACUACCUCCUGCCUCCCAUCCACGAGGUCAUUCACUCUCGUCGUGGGGCCACGACCACGCUGCCCUGCGUCCUGGGCGCCCCGCCUCCCAGCUACAAGGUGCGCUGGAGCAAAGUGGAGCCCGGGGAACUCCGGGAAACGCCCAUCCUCAUCACCAACGGACUGCAUGCCCGGGGCUACGGGCCCCUGGGGGGGCGCGCCAGGAUGCGAAGAGGGCAUCGGCUGGACGCCUCCCUGGUCAUCGCGGGCGUGCGCUUGGAAGACGAGGGCCGGUACCGCUGUGAGCUCAUCAACGGCAUCGAGGACGAGAGCGUGGCGCUGACCUUGCGCCUGGAGGGUGUGGUGUUUCCGUACCAGCCCAGCCGGGGCCGGUACCAGUUCAAUUACUACGAGGCGAAGCAGGCGUGCGAGGAGCAGGACGGACGUCUGGCCACCUACGCCCAGCUGUACCAGGCGUGGACCGAGGGUCUGGACUGGUGCAACGCGGGCUGGCUGCUCGAGGGCUCCGUGCGUUACCCUGUCCUUACGGCGCGCGCGCCCUGCGGUGGCCGAGGUCGGCCCGGGAUCCGCAGCUACGGGCCCCGCGACCGGAAGCGCGACCGCUACGACGCCUUCUGCUUCACCUCCGCGCUGUCAGGUCACGUGUUCUUCGUGCCCGGGCGGCUGACGCUGUCUGAAGCCCACGCGGCCUGCCGGCGGCGCGGGGCCAUGGUGGCCAAGGUCGGGCACCUCUAUGCCGCCUGGAAGUUCUCCGGGCUGGACCAAUGCGACGGCGGCUGGCUGGCGGACGGCAGCGUGCGCUUCCCCAUCAUGACGCCUCGGCCGCGCUGCGGGGGUCUCCCGGAUCCCGGAGUGCGCAGCUUUGGCUUCCCCAGACCCCAGCAGGCGGACUAUGGGACCUACUGCUACUCCGAAUAGGGGCCCACCGCACCCCCUCCAGCGCGCGCGACAAAGCCUGGGAGUCGUGGCGGGGGUCUCUCGCCACUUUCCCGAGAGCCUCCGCUUCCAUCGGACUAGGAGCAGCUCCUCCUGACCCGCCUUCUCGACCGAAGGCUGCGGGCCAAGGAUCCCGGCUGGCCCGGCGUCGGGGAGGGGAAGUGGUGGCACCCCGGGUGGUAGUGCGCAGCUACGAACCUCUGACCCGAGGCGGUUCGCGCCCCACCCCCACCCCGCAGCAGACGACGCAGCCACGGCUAGGUGACGGGAGAGGCGUCCAAGGGGCAUUAACUGACUUCUAUCCGGCAAUAAAAAUAACCUGAGGACUUUU